GCCUGAGACAUCCUACUCCAACUGGACACUGUACUGAAGGCGACUUCCCUUCAACAGAUCUGAUUUGAAACUUCUAAACAGCUACUGCAUAAACGGAUAUUAGACUGUUUGAUGUCAGAUAUUGCCGAUCAGGUCCAAAUGGACCAUACACAGCAACUGUCCGACAUUCUGUCCUGAUUGGACAUGAUAUAUGGCAUAUCACCUGCUGAAAAACGCCUUCUUUUGGUGAAGAUGCUUCUAAAUCUGAAGCCACAGGGCAAUUAUAUUGUGAUGAUGUGGCAAUGGCAGAGAAUCUCUACUGAAUUAGAGCAACAGGACUAUCCGAUUUCAGAAGUUUGCCAUGACAUUGGUAUAAUCCUAUUGGACCACCUCUUCAUCCAAUUGAAGAGGAAUCAGUCACAUGAGAUUGAUAUGGCCGCGAUAAUCAACCAAUUGGAGAGUUGUACACCAUCCGCACCCGGCCAUUACAAACCCCUGUCAUACACAAUUUAUCAACAGGAACCUUGGGGCCACACACCUCAAAUAGAUAAUCAACCACCCAAGGGGGGGAACAAGAAGAGUCAGCCAAUCACAGGCACUUCAUCAGACCCUUCUCCACCCCAGAAACCAUCCAAUGAGCAAUCAAAGUCAUCAUGA